UCCCCUCCCCCCCUUUUCCCCUUUCCCCUCCCCCACCAUGCCGCCCCCUUUGCCCCUGGCGCUGUUUGUGGCACUUUGGGUCGUCCAUUCCUCCUCCGUCCACUCCUCCGGUCACUCUCCGGACCCUCCCGGUGGUCCCGGUGGAGGUUCUGGUGGUCCCGGUGGUGGUGUUGGUGGUCCUGGUGGAGGUUCUGGUGGUGCCGGUGCCGGUUCGGAGCCGGACCCGCGUUUCCCGGUGGUGCCGACGCAGUACGGCCGGUUGCGCGGCGCGCGCCGCGACCUGUCCAACGAGCUGCUGGGCCCGGUGCAGGCGUUCCUGGGGGUCCCGUACGCGGCGCCGCCGCUCGGCCCGCGCCGCUGGGCGCCCCCCGAAGCCCCCGCGGCCUGGGGGGGCGUCCGGGACGCCACGGCCUUCGCCCCCGCCUGCCCCCAGAACCUGCGCGCCGGGCCCCCCCCGCUGAUGCUGCCGCUCUGGCUCAGCGACAACCUGGAGGCCGCCGGCGCCUACGUGGCGGCGCAGAGCGAGGAUUGUCUCUACCUGAACCUCUACGUGCCCACCGAGGACGGUUUGCUCGGCAAAAAGCGCGAGGACGGCGCGGCCGGCGGCCCCCCCCCGGACUCAGACAUCCGUGACAGCGGGAAGAAGCCGGUGAUGCUGUUCCUGCACGGCGGCUCCUACAUGGAGGGCACCGGGAACAUGUUCGAUGGCAGCGUCCUGGCGGCCUAUGGCAAUGUCAUCGUUGUCACCAUGAACUACCGGCUGGGCGUCCUCGGGUUCCUGAGCACGGGGGACCAGGCGGCCAAGGGGAACUACGGGCUGCUGGACCAGAUCCAGGCGCUGCGGUGGCUGCACGAGAACGUCGGCAGCUUCGGCGGCGACCCGCAGCGCAUCACCAUCUUCGGCUCCGGCGCCGGCGCCGCCUGCGUCAGCCUGCUCAUCCUCUCCCACCACUCCGAAGGCCUGUUCCAGAAGGCCAUCGCGCAGAGCGGCACGGCCAUCGCCAGCUGGUCGGUCAACUACCAACCGCUCAAGUACACGCGGCUGCUGGCGGCCAAGGUGGGCUGCGAGCGCGCCGACACCGGCGCCGCCGUCGAGUGCCUGCGGCGCCAACCCUUCCGCGCCCUGGUGGACCAGGACGUCCAACCCGCCCGCUACCACGUGGCCUUCGGGCCGGUGGUGGACGGCGACGUGGUGCCGGACGACCCCGAGAUCCUGAUGCAGCAGGGAGAGUUCCUCAACUACGACAUCCUGAUCGGCGUCAACCAGGGCGAGGGGCUGAAGUUCGUGGAGGACUCGUUGGAGAGCGAGGACGGCAUCUCGGCGUCCUACUUCGACUUCACCGUCUCCAACUUCGUGGACAACCUCUACGGUUACCCCGAGGGCAAAGACAUCCUGAGGGAAACCAUCAAGUUCAUGUACACCGACUGGGCCGACCGCGACAACGGCGAGAUGCGGCGCAAGACGCUCUUGGCGCUCUUCACCGACCACCAGUGGGUGGCGCCGGCGGUGGCCACGGCCAAGCUGCACGCCGAGUACCAAUCGCCGGUUUAUUUCUACACCUUCUACCACCACUGCCAGACGGACGCGCGGCCCGAGUGGGCGGACGCGGCGCACGGCGAUGAGAUCCCCUACGUCUUCGGCGUGCCCAUGGUGGGCGCCACCGAUCUCUUCCCGUGCAACUUCUCCAAGAACGACGUCAUGCUCAGCGCCGUCGUCAUGACCUACUGGACCAACUUCGCCAAGACGGGGGACCCGAACCAGCCGGUGCCGCAGGACACCAAAUUCAUCCACACCAAACCCAACCGCUUCGAGGAGGUGGUUUGGACGCGCUUCGACGGCAAAGACAAGCGUUACCUGCACAUCGGGCUGAAGCCGCGCGUGCGCGACCACUACCGCGCCAACAAGGUGGCGUUCUGGCUGGAGCUGGUGCCGCACCUCCACAACCUCCACCAGCUGCCCCACGCCUCCACCACCACGCGGUUACCGCCGCCGCCGGGGCCCCCGCGCCGCCCCGCGCCCACGCGCCGAACGGCGACGCCGGUGACGCCGCCGCAACGCCGCGACGACGAUGAGGACGACGACGAUUCGGACGGGCGCCGGCGUUUCGCGCCGUUCCCCGGCGACUCGCGGGACUACUCGACGGAGCUCAGCGUGACGGUGGCGGUGGGCGCGUCCCUCCUCUUCCUCAACAUCUUGGCCUUCGCCGCGCUCUACUACAAGCGGGACAAGCGGCCGGAGCCGCCGCGCGGUUUCGGCACCGCGCCGCCCAACGAUCUGCUGGGCCGGCGCCGCGACGAGGAGCCGCCGGUGCUGCCGAUGAAGCGUCCCGGUGUCGGCGGCGUCGCCGGUGAGGCGGUGGCGGCGGUGGCGGGACCCCCGGACUACGCGCUGGCGCUGCGGCGCGCCCCCGAGGACGCGGCGCUGCUGCCGCCGCCGCCGCCGCCGCCACCCGGUGCCGCCGCUGCCGGUGCCGCCGGCGUGGCGCUGCUGCCGGGGGGGGGAGGGGGCCUGACGGGGGCGCUGCACCACUUCGGGCCCCCCCCCCCCCCAGAACAGCGCCCCUCCCCCCCUCCUGCCCCACCCCCACUCCACCACGCGGGUAUAGGGGGGGGAGGGGAGGGGGAGGGGUGGGGGAGGGGUGGGGAGGGGUGAGGGAGACCCCAGAGC